AUGACAACAACACUCGUUUGUCCAGCUUGCCAAAUGACUAAUACAUGGAAUAAUAAUGAAUAUAAGCAAGUACCUCGAGGCUGGGCUGGUUUUGGACUUGGUGUGGAUCCAUUUCGUGACGACGAUCCAUGGAAUGCAUGGAUUGUUGUCUACCAUGGUACAUCUCAGCUUGCAGCUCAAUCAAUACUGAGUCAUCGUCAGUUUCUCUUACCUGGUGAUUUUUUGCUUGAUGGAUCAAAAUUAGCUAUUCGGCCUGGGCAUAUUCCAGGCAAAGUACAUAUUUAUACGUCUCCAUCAAUCCACUAUGCGAGUCUUCAGGUUUACAGUCCGAUGAAUUCAUUUCAAUCACCAAAAACAGGUAAACAUUAUAAUGUACAAAUAGUACUUCAAUGCAAACAAAAGCCUAAUACAUUUAAAGUUCAAGGCGAAACAGUCGGAUGGGGUGAUAAAUCUAUCUGUAACAUUAUCCCAAAUGAAUCUAUAGAACAUUUUACGAAUCGACGUUCAUCCGUUAUACCUUAUCGUCUACUCAUUCGUCUCAAAGAUCACAAAUGA